UGUUUCAUGUUUCACAAAGAAUUUUUUUCUUGUGCCGACAAGUUUAAUCACGUACUUGAUUCGUGAAUAAGUGUUAAUAAUUUUCGUCAAAUACUCGUAAAAACAAAAACAUUGUAGUUUUAAUUUGCUUUAUGCGCUAGAGAAAAGGAACUGUAUUGUGCUUCUAUAAAUUUGAUAGUUUAUCAAAAUGAUCGAUUUGUCGGAAGGAGCAUUGGACGCUAUCAUGGCUGGGGAGACAGUCGAAGGUCCAAUCGUGCAAAUAUUGGGACACAAAAAAUUGGCUAGUUCUACCAGCGGUGAACGCUACAGACUUCUACUCUCCGAUGGAAAAAGAAUCAAUUCACUUACCAUGCUUGCUACUCAACUCAAUCAUAUGAUUGAUACUGAACUUACAGAGUUUGCCAUUUGCAAAAUUAAUCGCUAUGCCAUGAGCAACGUCAACAAUGCUGGAAAACCUAAACGUGUCAUGGUCAUUUUAAACAUCGAAGUCAAAACUCCUGGUAGCGAAGUUGGUGGAAAGAUUGGAAAUCCGACACAACUCGAUGCACAACCUGAAACGGAACAAGCAUCAGCUGCUCCUCAAUCCAAGCCGCAAGCACCACCACCUUCCCCAAAAACGUCAGCAGCCGCUGGCUUCCAGAGAAAACGUCUUGAUGAAUCAGUAUCGGCAGGCUCUGAUAUCACGACUACACCAAUUGCCGCUCUUAGUCCAUAUCAAAAUAGAUGGGUUAUCAAAGCGAGGGUUACCAACAAACCAGGAAUAAAAACGUGGAGUAACUCACGAGGAGAAGGUACUUUGUUCUCGAUGGAUCUUGUGGACGAAAGUGGCGAAAUAAGAUGCACCGCGUUCAGGGAACAGUGUGACAAGUUUUACAACAUGAUUGAGAUUGGAAAAGUUUAUUACAUAUCGCGGUGCGCAUUGAAACCAGCGAACAAGCAGUUUUCAACAUUGAAGAACCAGUACGAAAUGACGAUGACCAACGACACCGAAGUCGUUGCGUGCCACGACGAGGUUGAUGACAUUCCAGCGAUAUCGUUCGAUUUUCAGCCGCUCAGUGAGGUCGAGACCAAAGAAAAGAACACCGUUAUGGAUGUAUUGGGUAUCGUGAAAUCUUAUGACGAUGUACAGACUCUAGUUGCAAGAAACACUGGAAGAGAACUCCGGAAACGAGACGUACAAUUAGUCGACAUGAGCAACGUUGCGGUUACUCUUACUCUCUGGGGUUCUCAAGCAGACGACUUCAGCCCUGUUGACAACCCCGUUUUGGCUGUCAAAGGUGCACGCAUCGGUGAAUUCAACGGGGGCAAAAAUUUGUCGACUCUCCAAUCCUCUACUCUUCAAUUGGAUCCGGAUCUUCCUGAAGCUCACAGAUUGCGCGGUUGGUACAACACAACAGGCAAAGAACAAGAAUGCAAAUUCAUAUCGAAGGCUGGUGGCGGUUCGUUGAACGCUCCAUUGACAACGGCUUUCGAAGCAAUGAAUAAGUGUCAGCAGUUGACGGACGGUCAAGAAACUUUCAUGAUCAAAGGUUGCAUAAGUUUGAUACGCACAGAAAAUGCAUUAUACAAAUCUUGCCCGACGGAGGCGUGCAAGAAGAAACUCGUUGAUCAGGCAAACGGAAUGUACCGGUGCGAGAAAUGCGACAGAGAAUUUCCAAACUUCAAAUAUCGAUUAUUGAUUAACUUGAACGUUGCUGAUUGGAGCGGUAGUUUUUGGGCUACGGCAUUCAACGACGAGGCUGAAAAAAUAUUGGGUAUGUCGGCUGAGGAUAUUGGUAUACUUAAGGAAAACGAUUCUGACACGUUGGAUGACGUCUAUACCAAACCUCUCUUUAUGCCCUCUUUCUUCAAGUGCAGAGGAAAGAAAGAGAUUUACAACGACGAAGUGAAGGUGCGGUCAGUCAUUAACGCUGCGGGACCAGUCGACUACAAAUUGUAUCUGAAUCAUUUGAUGGAUGAAAUCAAGAGACUUGCAAACGUUGAUGUCAACAUGGAAUAAGAUUCCCCCCCUUAAAAUCGACACAGGAUCGAAUUAAUAUUAAUAAUUUAAGAAAUAAAUUUAAGUUUGCCUCCACCAUCAAGCGUGGUUCGUCAAAUAUUUCCUCGUUCCAUUCCAUUGGCUUGAGCUAACCAUAUUAAUAAAUUUGUACUGUACUAAACAAUAAUUAAAAUAAAACAAAAAAGAAGUAUUUUUCAUAAUCAUGAUUGAGAUAAAAACCCGUGUGGGUAGAUUAUUCGUCGAUCACAAAACAAAGUAUAAAAUAAAUCAUUUAUUUACUAAAAUAAUACACUAUUCGUAAUACAUGCCUCAGUAGCAGCGAUUUUCAUAAUUUUUUGAUCAUUGGAAGAUUGAAAUGACAGAAUAAUAAACUCACGUUAUAUUGUAUCGGCAUAUAAACUCUAAAAACAUAAUGUAGCACAACAGGACUAUUACAAAAUCAUCUUGUAUAUAUAUUUUCAUUUUUCUAAAUGUUUUGAUCAAUUAAGAACCAAUAAACAGUUCAAUACAA